AUGUCUAGUGUCGAGGCCACCUCAAAACCGACACAAGCCGGCUCGGCCAUGCCUCCUUGUACAUGCGAUGGUGAGGUAGGCUCAGAAUCAGACGGACAUGCACCUAGCCGCUCGCCAAUUGCUUCCGUCGAAGCCAAUCCACAAGCUUUUGGAGGCGCGUCGCCAAUGCGCAAGUCCGUAGAGGCUGAUGGCGCUGCUGCCCCCAUGAAGCGUAGGAUGGAUAGCAGAGCUGGACGCAUCCCAGCAACCAUCGCCAAAGUGGAGAAAACCGGUAGCCCAGAGACUCUCGUACGCCUAUGGGACAGCUGCAGGGCAUCGAGGGCUCGCGAUCAGAGUAUUGUUAGUGGGACGCGACAGGUCCUGCCUGGCGAACCGGAAGGUGACUUGGAUGGCCCGUCUGUGCUGGAACGACUUGAUUCCCUCAGAGAGCAGGCGGCUGCAGCUAGUUCAAGCAUUCACUUUUCCAUUGCUAUCAAGCGCUAUCAUCAUACUCAGAUGGUCCACUUAUACAACAGGGCGAGAGACCUAGACGAGACGACGAUUGAGGCGGCAGAUCCAGGCAGCGCCUCCCAGUCUCUGGUUGACCAAUUUGCCGAGAGGCUUUUCCCCAGCGCCUCAUCAGUCGAAAAGCAGGCUGGUCGGGGGCCGAAGCUCAAGAGGAAGCCGCUGAAGAGCGCAUUCAAUAGGUGGCUGACCCUCGGGAAUAAGCUAACCACACUAGUUGCCAGCAUCCAAGCCCUCACAGAAGUGCUUCUCAGUCUGGUCACAUGGGGCAUCCUGCCCGUGGCGAGGAUUGGCUUGGAAUCGUAUGCCUCUACGUCGCAGGUUCGAAAACUGGCUUCGGAGCCUAUGUUUCUGGGGGGCCUAUUAUCUUGGUGUGCUGUCGCAGCAUCCGAACUAGACCUCGCGCUGUUGACGCAGCCAGCUCUCCAUUCGGCGACUGAAUACCGCGACAGCACGGCCGAGGUGAACAACCUUUCAUUCCACGCCGACGACUGA